UAUGAAUGUUAAACAUCAAACUUAAACAUCGAGUAGUCAUAACUUUGAACUACAAAGGUACCAAACCUUUUCACGUUUUAUUGAGAGCUUAUUUUAUAAUUUAAGACGCAUAAGUGGAGAAGUAAUAAAGAAAGCUGUAAAAACUACAACUGUCCAUCCACGGGAUCCUAUUAGAAAGUCGUCCAUGGAUGCUUUCGUCUAAGUUCAAAGGAAGAUGCGGAGUAUAAUAUACCUAAUCACAACAGUCUUGGCAGUGACGACAACAGCUGGUCACCGACAGAGAUUCGAUGGGUGGUACAAUAAUCUCGCUUUCCCAGACUGGGGGUCUGUAAAGAGUGCCUUGAUGACAAAGAUACCAACAGCCUAUGCAGACUUUACAUACCACAUGUCCGGUGAAGAUCGGCCGAAUGCAAGAGAGAUAAGUAAUGCUGUUUUCGCUGGUCCAAGUGGGUUGCCUUCAUAUAUCAACAGAACAGCACUAUUUGUUUUUUUCGGACAACAAGUGUCAUCUGAAAUAGUGCGCUCCAGUGAGGAAUCCACUUGUCCAAUUGAACUCAUUAAGGUACCUGUACCAAAAUGUGAUAGCGACUUUGACCCAGAUUGUGAAGGUGACAAAACAUUGCCUUUUCUUAGAUCUUCAUACGAUCAAAAAACCGGCAUGUCUCCUAAUAGACCUCGACGGCAGCUCAAUCACGUGACCAGUUGGAUUGAUGGCAGCUCCAUCUAUGGUACGGGAAAUGUCUGGGCAAAUUGUCUGAGGUCCUUUAAGAAUGGAACCCUUUUGGUUCAGACAAACAAUUUCUAUCCAGCCAACAACGAUAUAGGAUUGCCAUUGGUUGGUUACAACAUGGGUUCGAUGACAAAUGAGGCGAAGAACCCUGAGAAAAUGUGGAUGCUUGGUAGUAGAGUAGGACACCAAAAUCCAGCGCUGUUGAGCAUAAGUAUUCUUUGGUUCAGGUAUCACAACUACCUGGCGCACACGAUACAACUUAAACAACCAUCUUGGAGCGACCAGAAGGUGUUUGAAGCCGCCAGAAAGUGGGUGAUUGCGUCACUUCAGAAUAUUGUAAUGUACGAGUGGUUACCGGCACUACUUUACGAGGACACCGAGUCAUAUUCAGGUUAUCAGAGUCACAUUCCCCCUACAAUUAGCAGUGUGUUUGAGGCUGCUGCAUUUCGCUUCCCUCAUACCAUGGUUCCCCCUGGAAUAUACAUCAGAGAUUAUAAAUGCAGGUUUAGAACAACGAAGCACGGUCCUGCACUGCGUCUUUGUAACACUUAUUGGGACUCGCAAGAGUGUAUACAGGAACUUGGAUUUGAUGAGGUUCUGAUGGGACUUUCUUCCCAAAUAGGGGAGAGAGAAGAUAACAUCCUGGUCACAGACUUACGAGGUAAAUUAUUUGGGCCAAAGUUUUCUAGUAGACAGGACCUUGGUGUGUUAACUAUCAUGAGGGGUCGAGACAAUGGACUGGCCGACUUUAAUACAGCUAGAAAGGUGUUUGGAUUAGAACCAAUAACGAAAUGGGAAGACAUCAACCCAUACCUUUACCACACAAACCCAGAGCCUAUCGAAAACCUGCGUCGUAUUUACAACGGUAGCCUGGAUAAACUGGACAUAUUUCCAGCUGGAUUGAUGGAGUCCGGACCUAGUGGACCGGGUCCUUUCUUCAAAGCGGUUAUUAAGGAACAAUUCAAAAGGAUAAGAGAUGGAGACAGGUUUUGGUUCGAGAACUCAGACAAUAAUUUGUUUACUGACGCCGAAGUUGCUGAGAUUAAAGCAAUCAAACUGAAGGACAUCAUGGUGAAAGUAAGCAACAUGAUGCAGGAUGAUAUACAAGAUGAUGUGUUCUUUUGGAAAAACGGUGACCCAUGUCAGCAGCCGAAGCAGUUAGAAGAAUCUGAUAUGACAAAAUGCGCAGAGCAUAAAAACUAUGAUUACUUUGAAGGAAACGAAGUGACAUACAUCAUAUCCUUCGCAGCAUUAUGCUUGUUCCCGUUCCUAUGCAUCCUGGUAGCAUAUUUAUUGUUCCGAUGCAAGCAACACGACCUGAAGAAGACGAAGAAGGUAAUAGGAAUGACAGACCUGAAAGCGAUGGUGCGAGAAAGCGCCGGAAGUAUAUCUGCAAUUGAAUGGCAGGGAAUCGAUGAAUCAUUAAGAAAUGUAGAAGUGAGAAUUGAUCCCGUGAAAUGUUGUCUCCAUACAUCAACGCCCCUUGGGACACGUCUAAGGACCAUGGACUUCACUAGAUACAAGGAGGUCCGAGUGUGGCUCAGUAUAAACAACAACGAAGAUAUACUCCUGAUAAACGAUCCAAAGGAGUAUGAUCUGGUGAUGCAGUUCCAAACCAAAGCUAAACGGAGGGAGUUCAUUGACCAGUUUCGGCAACAUCUCGUCAGCCAUGAAAAGACGCUUCUUACAUUCGGUACUAAAUUAUUGCAUCUUCAGAAUAUGGCAGUCACAAAGAAAAAGAGAAAGCAGUUACUAGAGAAAUUCUUCAAAACUGUAUUUGCAGAGGCAUUUCAACUUGAUUACAACCCGGAUGAAGAUCCAAGUAACUUGGAAUUUGAAGUGAAGCCAAAAUACUCUGAUAUUCUAGAAUGUGAAAUAUCUAAGAAUGAGUUUGCAGAGGCGCUUGCUGUUAAACCAAAUUGUCUCUUCCUUGACCAACUGUUCUCAUUAGUGGACAAAAACAAAAGUGGCUACCUCUCCUUUCGAGAGCUCCUCCACGCGGUCACACUUUUCUCACAUGGUUCAUGUACCGACAAACUCCAUAUGCUGUUCAACAUGUAUGACCUUGAUUCCAGUGGAACCCUUAGCUUGGAGGAGAUCGCAAAGAUGCUCAAAUCUUUAUUUGAGAUGGCAGACACUGAACUUUCCGAAGAGGCUGUAGAGAAGCUCAUUCACUCCAUGCUCAAGGCACAUGGUGUUAGUAGGAGACGAUCACUAAGAUACUCAGACUUCCAGAAGCUCCUUGGUGAUCAUAUGGACAAACUUUGGGACGUAUGUCUAGAUUUCAAAGGAACAAAAGUCUGCUUCCCUAAAAAGAAGAGGGCAAAACUAACUAACACAGAUGACGAUCUGUACAACCAAGUGCAAGAUGAUACUGCAGAAGUUGGUUCAAGCAAAGAUUCAACUAUAAAGGGAGGGAAAACAGGAGGAGUACCAACAUCGGGAGGAAAAUUCAGUCGACAAAACACAUACACAGCAGUACAAGAGAAGUUCUCGCCAAUCAAAGCCAGAAUCACGUCAAUCAAACAUUACAUGGAAAAUAAGAGGCAACACAUCUUUUAUUGUGUUAUCUUCUAUGGGUUGUGCUUUGGACUGUUUGCUGAACGCUUUUACACAUAUGCAGUGGAAAUGGAACAUAGAGGGUUCCGUACUAUCGCUGGUUUGGGAGUCGCUACAACACGCGGGGCGGCAGCAUCCAUGUCUUUUACAUUCAGCUUCAUACUCCUCACCAUGUGCAAGAAUCUACUCACCAAGCUUCGGGAGACCUUCCUGAACCUAUAUGUGCCCUUUGACUCUAAUGUGGCUUUCCAUAAGGUCAUCGCCUGGACUGCACUUUUCUUUACUUUGGUUCAUAUAUUUGGUUAUGCCUUCAACUUCUACCACAUCGGAACCCAGCCAAUGCAAUUCCUCUGCGUCUUUCCAGAGAUUGUCUUUAGGCCCGACUCUCUGCCCAAGCUUGUGUUCUGGUUCUUCCAAAACGUUACGGGAAUGACCGGGAUAUUGUUGACUCUCUUGUGUUCAGUCGUCUAUAUAUUUGCCCACAACAUAGCCCGGGAAUACAUCUUCAACGCUUUCUGGCUGACACACAGAUUAGUCCUAGUUAUAUACGUGCUUAUAAUUCUACACGGAAGCGCAAGGAUCGUACAAGAUCCAUAUUUCUGGAUGUACUUUAUCGGACCAGCAAUAGUGUUUGUGAUUGAUAAACUGGUCAGUAUCUCCAGAGAAAAGGUUGAACUCACCGUUAUCAAAGCAGAACUUUUGCCAUCAGCGGUAACCUACAUUGAGUUCAAACGUCCACACAAUUUUGAGUACAAAUCGGGCCAGUGGGUGAAUAUCGCGUGUAGUAGCCAAGGACGAAAUGAGUACCAUCCCUUUACGUUGACAUCUGCACCCCAUGAAGAUACGUUGUCUAUCCAUGUAAGAUCGUUGGGUCCAUGGACUUGGAAUCUGAGGAAGACCUACGACCCAGAGAAUCUAAAACAAAGAGCUUUCCCCAAGUUGUAUCUUGAUGGUCCAUUCGGUGCUGGACAGCAGGAUUGGUACCGUUAUGACGUUAGUGUAUUGGUUGGUGGUGGUAUAGGUGUCACCCCGUAUGCAUCAAUCCUAAAAGACUUUGCCUUUAUGUCUUCGGUGAAAAGCAUGUUCAAAAUAAAAUGCCAGAAGCUGUACUUCAUCUGGGUGACGGCCAGCCAGAGACACUAUGAAUGGCUGAUAGACAUCCUCAAGCAAGUAGAGGAAGUGGACGAGAGGAACACAGUGGAGAUACACAUAUUCAUCACCCAGUUCUUUCAGCAUUAUGACCUGAGAACUACAAUGCUGUAUAUUUGUGAAGAGCAUUUCCAAAAGGUUGCAAAUAAGAGCCUGUUCACUGGACUGAAGGCUAAGACACACUUUGGAAGACCAUUGUUUGAGAACAUGUUCCAGGGACUUCAGGAGCAACAUAAUAAGGUGAAGAAGUUUGGGGUGUUCAGUUGCGGCCCACCGGGACUAACAAAGGGCGUGGAACGAGCUUGUAUAAAUAUGAGCAAGGUUACCAGCAAAUCGUCAUUCGAACAUCACUUUGAGAACUUUUAGAAAUUCUUGAAUAUAUUGAUGAAUUUAAUGUUAUUUGUCUAAAGGGAUGACAAAAAUAUCUUUUAUGGAUAUCAUGUUGGUAAUUUAUCCAAGAAAACUACUCACUCAAAUCAAAGUGGUAUUUUACCAUAUAUUCAUAGUUUAGAUUCAGCGUAUUCUUGAAGACUUUCGGGUAUAUAAAUCAUGAUGAUGAUCAUCAUUGUAGAAAUGUUAAAGGGAGAAUCAUAUCUAGUGAGCUAAAUAAAGAAAUGUUUCUGAUUUUAAAUAUUUUUGGCUCAUAUCAUUUCUUGUUAUGUCUAUUUUCUAGGAAUUCGGAAAGAUUUGUAUUAUUUUUCUAUAAUUAUGGUAAUCAUUUUUACUGGGAGAAUCCAAACAUUCCCCGUCAUUUUUACACUUUGGAUCCUUAAAAACUUCACCAACUUAUAACACACCAUGGAUCGUUUGGGAUAUUAUAUUUAAUAUUGUAAGGAAUUGAUUGAUUGGCCAAUUGUACACGUUGCUUGGAAUU